GUGGCGCGAACCCAACUAGUUGCCUAUAAUUUUGUUAUUGUGAUAAAAUUAUGUCAAUAUAAUACUGGUGAUUAAAAGAACACUCUUAUUUAUAACAAUGUUCAUACAAAUGUGAAAAAUAAGAACUAGAAGUGGAAUUUCGUGCUUCGAUUUCUACUGUUGGUGAUUUUAAGAUACAAUCAAACCACAUUGGUUUCGGUGAUAAACUAAAAUUACAUAUAUUAUUAUUUUUAACGUGCCGUGGCGUAUGAGCACUGAUGACGUCACACGCGUGGCCGGGAUGACGGAUGGCGCGACGCCGGCGCAGGUUCGCCUCCCGCGUGAGGAACUUCCUCAGGGGCUUCCUCGCCUUCCUCUUCAGCAAUGUCGGGGUCAUCUUGCUGGUUGUGGCUUACACUAUCAUUGGUGCCUUCAUGUUCCAAGGGAUAGAGGGCGCGAAUGAGACGGAGCGAGCCAACAACAUGACGAAAGAGAGGGACAGAACCGCGCAGUACUUGUGGCAGAAUGUUACUUUAACUUUGAAUUUGUUUAAUGAGACCGCCCUCAAAGAAAGGAUAAGCCUGGAGCUGCAGGUGUACCAGCGCAAGAUAGUGAAGGCGGUGCGACGCGGCUGGGAUGGCGGCCGACACUCCCGACAGUGGAGCUUCUCCUCGUCAUUCCUGUACUCCCUCACCGUCAUCACUACUAUAGGUUACGGCCACCUAAGUCCCAGGACAAGUUGGGGUAAAAUUAUGACAAUAUUCUACGCCCUUCUCGGAAUGCCGUUAUUUUUGCUGUACCUCAGCAAUGUUGGUGAGUUGUUGGCUAGUUGGUGUAAGUGCCUGUACGCGUUGAUAUGCCUGUGUCGCGGGUGCCCUGGGUUUUCGAGAAGAAGAAUAAUCCAUAUAAGGCCACAGGGUGAGUUUAGCGAAUCUGAGAGUACUGACCGUCCUAUCGAGUGUAGAACAGACGGGGACUCCGAUGUUCCGGAGCAUAGGACACAAGCUAUUUACUAUAGAAGUCCAAUGGUUGUGCCCUACUACUGGUACCCUCCGAGCGACGUCUCGAGCGAGUUCAGUUACGUGACGUUCGACGUCCAGACCGUCACGGUACCCAUCAGCGCCUGCGUCGCCAUCAUGGUUGGGUACAUAAUGUUCGGUUCAAUGAUAUUCGGCUUGUGGGAGAAAUGGGAUAGGCUGGAUGGAGCGUACUUCUGCUUUAUAUCACUUAGCAGCAUCGGUUUCGGAGACUUCGUGCCCGGCGAGCGAGUGUACACGCCGCGGAUAGAGACCUCCUUCAUCGUCUGCUCCCUGUACCUCAUGUUGGGGAUGGCACUAGUGGCUAUGUGCUUUAAUCUGAUGCAGGAGCAAGUGAUUCAUUACUACGCGGGUGUCAAGCGCGCGCUGAAACGUAUAUGCCGGUGUAAGAGAUGACGCUGUAACCCUCACCUGCCUUCAUCGCCGAAUAAUGACUACAAGUUGUAUAAACGUUCCUAGUAGUUUUAAUUUAUUUUCAUCAUUAAAUAAGUGAUAUGUGA